GCGCGGCGGGCGGAAGUGAGGUCGUGGGCUGCGGUGUCUGCGCAGCGUCGUCGGUAGCGCGGGCCGCGGCAAGGCGAGCGGGAGGCAGCGCAGGCCUAGCGGUCGGCCGCUUCGGAGCGCUGUCUGGGCACUGCCCGUCGCCGAGCCACACGCCGUGCCGGCUCGGGCCGGCGCGCGCCGGUCCCGGAGGCGCAGGCCGCUUUCUUGACAUCAUGAAUCCUGUUUAUAGCCCUGGGUCUUCUGGGGUUCCCUAUGCAAAUGCCAAAGGAAUUGGAUAUCCAGCUGGUUUUCCUGUGGGCUACGCAGCAGCUCCUGCCUAUUCUCCUAACAUGUACCCCGGAGCAAAUCCUACCUUCCAAACAGUGCUGGAGAUUGAACCCAGGGUCUUGCACAUGUUAGGCUACACUCCUGGUACACCUUACAAAGUGUCCUGUUCCCCAACCAGUGGAGCUGUGCCACCAUACUCCUCUUCCCCCAACCCCUACCAGACGGCCGUGUACCCAGUGAGAAGUGCCUACCCGCAGCAGAGCCCGUACGCCCAGUGGUCUCUGUUUUCCCCACAGCAAGGCACGUACUAUACACAGCCUCUGUAUGCCGCACCCCCCCACGUCAUCCAUCACACCACGGUGGUGCAGCCCAACGGCAUGCCAGCAACUGUCUACCCUGCUCCCAUUCCUCCUCCUAGAGGCAGCGGGGUCACCAUGGGCAUGGUUGCUGGGACCACAAUGGCCAUGUCAGCAGGUACUCUGCUGACUGCUCAUUCUCCAACUCCUGUAGCCCCUCACCCAGUCACUGUCCCCACAUACCGAGCCCCAGGAACACCCACCUACAGCUAUGUGCCCCCUCAGUGGUGAUGGCCCUGCAAAUUAAUAUUUGAGGAUGGAGCUGUGCAGUCACUUCAUUGAGUUCCACAGCUGGUGCUGCAGGCCUUGUGCCUCCAACCAGGACUUUCUUCUUAAUGCUCUCGACACAUAGCUAAACAUGACUGCGUCCCAGCCCAGCAGGUCCCGGCUCGAUAGUCUCCAACUAACUCUGUGGGUUGGUUUAAAAGCAAAUCCUGUUUUGUGGACUGCCUGGCAAAUUUUUUAGCUAACUGUAAUGAUAAAAAGGGAGUAUUACUCUAUUCUGAAUCUUAUCUAGUUGAAUGCAUGUUUAUAAAAACAAACACAAAAAGCUUGCUCAAUCUACCUGCAGUGACUGAUGCAAAACCAUCAUAUGCAAAAUCCAAAGGACUGGACCAUGUUCUACAGCCUGUGUCACUCAUGCACUGUUGUAAUGUAGGCUGAGUCUCAGAGUUACACGCGUGCAAUGAAUGUCCUCAAGAAUCAUCUGGAGGGGAUUCUUGGAGUUGCCAGUUAGGGACACAGACUUGUAGUUUUCAGAACCCUGGUUUCUUGGCACUGACGAACCUGGAGGGAGCUGCAGGGACUGGGAGAGAGUGAGCCUGUGGUGGCUCCAGAGCAGCAGCAGGGGUAGUAGGGUCCCUCUCCUUCAUUUCAGCUGGAGUGUGGUCUGAGCAGCAGGGGUAGUAGGGUCCCUCUCCUUCAUUUCAGCUGGAGUGUGGUCUGAGCAGCAGGGGUAGUAGGGUCCCUCUCCUUCAUUUCAGCUGGAGUGUGGUCUGAGCAGCAGGGGUAGUAGGGUCCCUCUCCUUCAUUUCAGCUGGAGUGUGGUCUGAGCAGCAGGGACGGACCUGAAGCCUAUCAGGAAAUACGAGAGCUGGGUGGCCAGCGCAGCUGGGAUGAAGAGUGGUUGGUCUGUGUCAGCAGAGCAGUGUCUGCCAUCUGAAUUUCCACUGUACAUCUUACAGGGUAAUGCUUUAUGUAGCUGUUGGGACUGUGGGGAAAGUCCGGUGUAGAACCACACUGUCAUCCUAGGAGGGAAGAUGUCAGAGAAGAGCAGCUACACUGAGGUGGCAUUGUCUUUUGCUUUAUUUCACUUAGGGAAUCAUCCCUUUUUUUCCCCUGAGAAAUAAUUGAGUCAGCUAAAAACACACAGGCACUGCUGUAUUCACCCCACAAAGAAGGGCAGAGGCUUCAGCUGUGUGCUGUGGAGAAUGUUGUAUAUUUAAGACUGGUUAAAAGGGAAUAAGUGUAUUUUUAAGUUAGUUCAUGUUUCUUGUAGAGAAGCAAGGCUGUGAUUAUGUCUAAAAAAAUGUAGAAGUAAUGUAGCUUGUCCGGGGUCAUUCACCUGAUGAUGACCUGUCCUCUGUGUCUACCUGGGGCGAGGCCUGGAAAGCCCGCAUAAGUGUCCCGUAAGCCUCUUUUGCCACCUUUUCCUGUGGCUGGCGGCACUCAGCACCAAGCACAUGUGGAGAGAGGAAGGGUCAGGCAGUUUGGACUGUGCUUGCUUGCCACAUCUGUUGUGGGAAAGAGUUUGAGUAUGUACAUAAGAAAUCAAGAAGGUUCAUUUCUGCUUGAGGAAUCUGUGGGAGCGUUUCUGUUCAGUGUGGUCAGAAGGGCAGAGCGUGAGGACUUCUCUGGGGGUGUUUGGUUUUGUUUCCCCCAUUGAAGUGCUGGGGUUUGGUUGGAGGGGUGCUUGUCUCUGGCAGCUAGGUCAGGGCUUCUCUGCUGGUGUGAAGGUCACCUUGUUAGCAGUCAGCUUGGCUAGAGGGUGUGUCAUCUGAACAUUGAGCCUUUGGAAACCUUAUUUUAUAGUAGUGCUCUCCAUAACUUGUUUUUAAGCAUUUUAUUUUUUAAGAAGUUUUUAAAAAUUUCUGCAUGGAUCAGUGUACACAGAAGAGUUCUCAUUCCCAAUGUCCAUGAGCAUAGAAUGUUUACGGAUGAGCACUUAAGUGUGUGUGUGUGUGUGUGUGUGUGUGUGUGUGUGUGUGUGUGUGUGUGUGUGUGUGUAGUAAGGAAGCACACAGUACACAGAAAUAGAAACAUUUGCUGUAGGCACACAGCCUGUAUCUGUACUUCAUGUUGGGAUUCCCAUUUGUGUGGUGGAUGGUUUUCAGUGUUGCUGGUUCAAGGUUUCCCAACAGACAGAAGAUCAGUGAAACAAAUGUACCCAUGAUUUUUGCAUGUGUUUGAAAAAGUCCCCUCACCCACCCCCUACUAAACAUACCUGUGAAGGGUAGAGUGGUUUGCCUGCGGCGGGAAGUUACCAAGUCUUUGGGUCUGCUUGCUGUUGCACACAGUGUGUGUUUCCACAGGCCCUGAGUUCUCAGGAGAAAGAAGAGUGGGGUGGCGUCCCCUCCUGCUGAUGACAUUAGCUUCUCACACUUGCCCUGUAACUGUUGCCACAUCAUUCUCUUUCUUUCGAAUUGAACUGAGUGGCUAUCAAACACUUUUGUAUUGUACAACACAUCUGUCUUUUCUUUUGUGAAACCAUCGGGACAUCUGCUAUGGAAUCUGCUGGUAAAAGAUCUUGCCUGUCAGGUAAAAGGCUGAGCAUAGGGAUAGUAACAAACUGUCAAAGGGGGUGAUUUCAGUAGCAUUCCUUUCAGUAAGAUUAAGGAACAGAACUUGGGUCUGUAUUCUAUCACACAGCUGCAUAGGUAUCCCCAGAACAUUCCAAGAAAGUGUGUUUUUUAUGUGUGUAACAUUCCCAAAUAUAUAGUCCUUCAGUUGAAUUCUUCUGGAAGGUAAGGCAGGCAGGCAAAAGUCCUGAUACCUGUGAACAUGGACAUCACUUUUGGGCGCAUAUAUAGUUUUUUAAAGUUUAUUCUCUGCUGCCUGCCCCGAGGCUAGGGAGCUUCUUCCUUUGCUGCUGCUGUUCGGUGUUUAAGGUUUGGUAGAGUUGUUGAGUGUUGAGCAACCUGUAAGCUCCCUGAGAAGUAAGGCUGCCGUCAAGAUUGGGCAAGGUAGGUUACAGGCAUGAAGUGCUCUUUUAGAACUUUUGUCUCCUGUCUUGUGGACUUGGUGGAAGAACCAUUGAGUGGCCUAUCAGUUACCAUGCUGGGUAGCAGCUUUUGAGUAUUUUGUAGAGGCUGUGUCUCCAUCAGGAGGGAGGUCCUCAAUUCUGGAUUGACUGCUGAGUAUCUUACCUUUCCUCACCCGUGCAUCUGGUUAUAUUAUCCUGCUGUGCCAGGAGGCUGGAGGAGCACAUUGGAUGUUUCUUAAGGGCAUGCUACAAUGAGAGGAAACUCACCGGCUUGUCUGUGGAGGAGAGAGGCUGGCAGGCAUAAAUACGCCUUCAAGGUUGUGGCUGCUUGGCAUUUCCUCAGAUCUCCUUUGUGAAUAUUAGAGUACAGUGUUAUUGACUGGGGCCACCUUCUCUCACUCAGCAGCCGACACCUGUAGUUGUGGUGAACCUGCCACUGCUGUGUGGCACAGGACCUGCUAGGAUGCAGUGGCAGCUGUGGCAGCUGCUGGCCCUAUCCUCUGGUGCUUUCUGAGGGUUGCUGGAGGGCAGGAGUGCAGCUGGCUGGGCGGUGGAAUGUGGAGCUCACGCUCCUGUCCAGCACACCUCCCAGGUUUGCGUAUUUCCUGAGUUGCUUAUCCUGCCCAGUUUUCUAUGUUUGAUAGACUGAUACCCAGAAAGGAUAAUGUGGUUUUGGUAGGAACACUUAAAUUAAUUCCCUAUGUUUUACUUCUUUCCUACCCCUCUUCAUUUGAAGAACAGAAAACCUGUGGAAUCUUACAAUUAUGGGAUGGGAGGCAGCAGCUUUUCUGUCUAGGGACUGCAGUAAUUAUACACAAGAUGUGAGGACCUGAUUGGUAUAGCAGGCAGCUCCCAUGGAAGGGCUGUGGACGUCUGGUGCAGACUGUGGGUGGUAUAAUAGACCAGUUAAGUGAGACUGGGGAUUGGCUCCCAGCAGGGUGAUUAUGGCAGCUGCAGGCCCCAAGGAGCCUGAUAGGCUGCGACUGAACAGAAGAGGUUCUUCUUUUUUUAAACUUUUAUUUUUAAAUACUCUUUUUUACACUGUUUCUUGGUACUUUUUUUAUGCUUACGUCAGCAUUGUCUUCCAGUGUUAAAGGCAUCCCUUGCCUCUUCAUUGAAUUUGUGUCAAUACAAUAGGAAUGGGCAGACUGUCCAUCCCCAGCCAGUUCAAUUAAAUGUAAAUUCAUACUGUUUUAAUUUUUUAUGCAAUCUGAUGAGUAGAUGAGCUCAGAUUUAAAAUCAUUAAAAGCACGUUUAUUGUAACAGGAAUUGUUAUGUAUUAAUACUGCAGUUUUCAAUAAAGAUUGACUUGUGUUGCA